UGGAAUGGGAGGUGGAUAGAUAUGGUACACAUGUAUAAGUACAGAUAGAGAGAUAUUGUUAUAAUAUCAUCGAGGUGCGUUGAGUUGGGAGAGAGAAAUGGAGACGGUGGUGGUGCUGUGGCAGGGCGUUGGUAUUUUCAGGAAGGUGGUGGCGCCUCCACCGGUGCCUCAUCGAAUCAUAGCCGAAAGACGAACAAGUGCGGUUGUUUCUGCUUCUAAAUCACUUAACUGGUUACAGAAAAGCUGUAAAAGCUGCGGAGGGAAGGGGGCUGUGGAAUGUCCGGGAUGUAAGGGCACUGGGAAGAACAAAAAGAACGGAAAUAUGUUUGAACGAUGGAAAUGUUUUGAUUGCCAAGGAUUUGGGCUCAAGAGUUGUCCCUCCUGCGGAAAGGGAAGAGGGUUAACACCCGAACAGAGAGGAGAGAGAUAAUAUCUUCUCAAUUCUCUUUUCUUUUUCUUUUUUUUAAGGACUGUUGCGAGAUGUGGAGUUAAGAAUAAGUGGUGUAAAUCUUGAGGAUAAUUUAUCAGAAACUUCGUUGUUUGAAUUGUAGAAGCAACACAAGAGAAGUUACACACAGAUAAACACGAUAAAACUUGUGAAGGAUGCAUGCAAAAUGAUGUUAUCGUAUUGGAAAAUAUGUUGUGGUGAUGGGGAAUAUUAAUUACAAACAUUAUUUUGAGCCAUGUAAUAAUUUGAAUAAAAUAAUAAAAUUAUAAAAUUAUAUUUUGAUUGA